AUGGACAAGAAGGAUGCGCAGAACCUCGUCUGUGGCGGCAUUGCCGGCUGCGCAUCUCGCACCUCUGUGGCUCCGUUGGAGAGACUGAAGAUCCUGUUCCAGGUGCAAGACUACAUUAAAAGAAAUGGUCCUGACGCCGGCGCUCCAGUCAAAUACCGCAGUGUCGGGCAAUCUCUGCGUCAGAUCCACGCAGGGGAAGGUCUCAGUGGCUAUUUUAGGGGCAAUGGCGCCAACUGUGUCCGCGUGUUCCCGUAUGUAGCCAUCCAGUUCGCAGCCUUCGAGAAGCUCAAGCCACUCCUCAUUUCCGAAGGUGCCGAGACACUUAGCCCACUACAAAAGCUCUUCGGUGGCGCUAUCGCUGGCGUUGUGUCGGUUUGUAUCACAUACCCACUAGAUGCGGCUCGUGCGCGAUUGACUGUGCAAGGAGGACUAGCCAACACCGCGCACACUGGCGUUUUCAACGUGCUGUCAAGUGUAGUGCGAACGGAAGGCUUGCGUGGUGUCUACAGAGGUGUGUUGCCAACAAUUUGUGGUAUUGCACCCUAUGUAGGCCUCAACUUUACUGUUUUCGUGACCCUACGUACCACAGUACCACGUAACGAGAACACGGAGCCUGACACCAUGUAUCUAUUGGCGUGUGGAGCUCUUGCUGGUGCCUGUGGCCAGACAGCUGCUUACCCGAUGGAUAUCCUUCGUCGUCGAUUCCAGCUGAGUGCGAUGCGUGGAGAUGCCACGGAGUACACCAGCACGCUUGGUGGCCUUCGAACUAUCGUCCAAGAGGAAGGGGUUCGUGGGUUAUACAAAGGUCUGGCCCCGAACUUCAUAAAAGUGGUGCCGUCCAUUGCAAUCGAACGAACUGAUGAAACGUGUGAUCAAAAAAUACGACUUGUGACCUAG